AUGUCUCUCAAUUCCUUGACCUUAACCAUUCUCAUACUCUUCUUAAUCAUCUUCCUCUCCGUGUCCACAUCCACAUCGCACAACACAUGCUCUUCCACUUCCACUUCCACUUGCCCUCCCUUCCCACCCAACCCACCAUUUCCAUUCUCAUCCUCCCCAGGAUGUGGCCACCCUUCCUUCCAAUUCAAAUGCUCCACCCCUCACUCCCUAAUCUCCAUUAACAACAUCUCCUUCUCCAUCCUCACAUACAACCCAAACACGCCCUCAAUACUCCUCACCCCUCUCCCAAGAGCAAACACCACCACCUGCACCCCUUUCCCCUCCAUCCCCAACCGCUCCAUCAACCUCUCCUCCACCCCCUUCCGAAUCUCAGACGCUUCCUGUUCGCGCCUCUCCUUCCUGCAUCCAUGCACUGCCCCCAACUGCACCCACUGCCCCGACCAAUGCCACCUCAUCAACAACCCCACCCAUCUCCUCCGCCACUGCACUUCCACCCACCACUCUCCCUCCGAUUCACCAUCAACCUGCCAAACCGACGUUCUUGCUUUCCUCGACCAAAUCCUCAAAUCCGGAAUCUUACUCGAAUGGGACCAAUCCCAAGACCCUUACUUCACCAACUGCACCACUUGCCGUGCCAACAACGGACUCUGCGGCUUCAAUUCUUCACACCCAGCUAAACCAUUCCUCUGCUUCAUCUCCCAUUCCACAAUCACACCUCCUUGGAUUCAUAAAAUCAAGCCCAACAGAAUGGCCAUCUUCAGCCUCGUUAUAGCCUUUGUUUCAUUGCUGCUUCUCGUUUCCGUCGCCGCCGUCAUUCUCCGCUCCGCCAGGUUCAAAUCCUCACCGGCUAUUCAAGACCCCACCGCGCUCUUCCUCCACAACCACCGCUCCUUGACCCUUCUACCCCCCGUUUUCACCUACGAAGAAUUAGUCUCCUCCACCAACCGCUUCGACCCCAAGCGCAAAAUCGGCGACGGCGGGUUUGGUUCCGUCUACCUCGCCCACCUCCGCGACGGGACUAUCGCGGCGGUGAAGCACCUCCACCGGCAACACGCCACUGCCGCGUUCUCCACCAAGUCCUUCUGCAACGAGAUUCUCAUCCUCUCUUCGAUAAACCACCCGAACCUCGUGAAGCUCCACGGCUAUUGCAGUGACCCGAGAGGUUUGCUUCUGGUCUACGAUUACGUCCCCAACGGAACCCUAGCGGAGCAUUUGCACAAUCGAAAGGGAUCGCUGACGUGGCAGGUGAGGCUGGACAUUGCGUUACAAACGGCCUUAGCCAUGGAGUACCUUCACUUCUCGGUUGUACCGCCGGUGGUUCACAGAGACAUAACGUCGUCGAAUAUUUUCGUGGAAAGGGACAUGAGGAUCAAGGUGGGUGACUUCGGGCUCUCGAGGCUUUUGGUGUUGCAGGACACGACGUCGUCUUCGAACGGGUUUGUUUGGACCGGGCCGCAAGGGACGCCCGGGUAUUUGGAUCCGGAUUAUCACCGGUCCUUCCGGUUAACCGAAAAGAGUGACGUGUACAGCUUCGGAGUGGUUUUGUUGGAACUAAUCUCGGGGCUGAGGGCCGUUGACCAGACGAGGGACAAGCGCGAGAUGGCGCUCGCUGAUCUCGUCGUCUCCAGGAUCCAGAUGGGGCAGUUACAUCAGGUGCUCGAUCCGUUUCUUAAACGUCAAGGCGAUAAUGACGCCGUCAACGCGGUCGCCGAGCUCGCGUUUCGCUGCGUCGCCGCCGAUAAGGAUGAUCGACCCGAUUCCAAGGAGGUGGUGGAGGAGUUGAAGCGGGUUAGGACUCGGACGCGCGGCGGUGACGUGGCGGCGAAGGAUUGAGGGUGUGGACGGAGUUUGACUGAU